ACGUCAUAUUAAGGCGCAUACCGGCAGUGGAGUUGCUACACGCACAAGCUGAAUGGUUUUGGGGCUAGCUUAUUGCUAAAAUAGGUGACCUGGGAAAACUAACCAGUCGUAGCGUGAGUUUAUUUAAUUUUAAUCUUUCAGCCAUACGAUCUAUAACUACACGGUAGUGGCUGAAAAUAUAUAGUUAUUGUGUUAUAUAAUGUAACUGAAGAGCGAGAGUUGGGACUUCAAUGCAUGCUUUACACAUAGUUUGCUAACGUUACAAUUAGCUUGCUGAAUGCCGAGAGGACAGAAACAACAGCGGCUUCUGCACGAGGUCUUUCUUUUCCUGUAUAAGAUCUGUCGAUUGGCAGAGAAUAUUUAUCAAGCUGCAUAAUCGUCGGUAACAUGGCCAUGAAGUGUCAUUACGAGAUCUUGGGCGUCAAAAGGGAUGCUACGGACGACGAUCUGAAAAAGGCCUAUCGCAAAUUAGCGUUGAAAUGGCACCCAGAUAAGAACUUGGAGAAUGCUGAAGAAGCAGCAGAGCAGUUUAAGUUGAUCCAGGCAGCAUAUGACGUCCUGAGUGACCCACAGGAAAGAGCCUGGUAUGACAAUCACCGAGAGGCCCUGCUGAAGGGUGGAGUCAGUGGGGAGUAUGAGGAUGACAGCAUCGACCUGCUGCAGUACUUCACUGUCACAUGUUACUCUGGGUUUGGAGAUGAUGAGAAGGGAUUUUACACAGUAUAUAGGAACCUGUUUGAAUCCAUAGUGAAGGAAGAGAUGGAGCACAGCAAGGAGGAGGAUGAAGAAGAAGGCCAGUUCCCCACUUUUGGAGACUCUCAAAGUGACUAUGACACGGUGGUGCACCUCUUCUACGGCUACUGGCAGAGCUUCUGCACCCGCAAGAACUUUGCGUGGAAGGAGGAGUACGACACGCGGCAGGCCUCCAACCGCUGGGAGAAGCGGGCCAUGGAGAAGGAGAACAAGCGGACGCGGGAGAAGGCCAGGAAGGAGCGCGGCGAGCUGGUCCGCCAGCUGGUGGCCUUCGUGCGCAAGAGGGACAAGAGGGUCCAGGCCCACAAGAAGCUGGUGGAGGAGCAGAACGCCGAGAAGGCCAAGAAGGUGGAGGAGCUGAGGCGGAAGCAGAAACUCCACCAGGCCAAGCUGGCGGAAGACUACAAGGAGCAGAGCUGGGCGGCCAUGUCUGAGCUGGAGAAGGAGCUUCAGCAGAUAGAGGCGCAGUAUGGGCAGGAGUUCGGUGACGCGUCAGAAAGUGAAGAAGAAGAGGCAGACGUGAUGGACGGAGGAGACCAGAGUGGAGGAGAUGCAACAGAAGAACUCGUGGAAUAUUACGACGACAUCUACUGUCCAGCCUGUGACAAGUCUUUUAAAACGGAUAAAGCUAUGAAAAAUCACGAGAAAUCCAAAAAGCACAGGGAGAUGGUGGCACUGCUGCGGCAACAGCUGGAAGAAGAGGAGCUGACUUUGAAUCUCAGCUCUGGAGACGCAAUUGAAAAAGAGGAGGAGGUGGAGGAGGAGGAGAAAGAUGAUAUUGAACAGGGGGAGGCUCCGCGGCAAAAGCUAUCUAAAAAGCAGAAAAAGAAAAAAAGACUACAGAAAGUAGUAAAUAGUGCCCCAGAAGAGCCAGUGGAAGAAUGUGCCAUUCCAGAGCCUGUGCAGGCACAGUGCAGCCCUAAGGACCCCCUGAUAGAGCAGUCGGGCAGCAGUGAGGACAGCCCCUGUCCCCAGUCUCCCCCUGACCAGCCAUGUGACCAGGACACGGAGGACGUGAAGCACGAAGAGAGUCCACCCACAGAACCGAAGAGCUCUGGAAAGACGAAAGUAAAGAAGGGCGCAAUGAAAAAAAGCAGUAAGCCUCAGGGAAGCCUGGACCAUGCAGCAGAGGAAGUGAGUCUGCGCUGUGUGACGUGCCAGUUUGAGUUUCCCACCAGGAACAAACUGUUCGACCACCUGAAAACGACAGGACACGCCACAGCACUAUCAUCGACCAGACCUGCAGGGGGCAAGGGAAAGAAGGACAAGAAGAAGAACAGAUAACCUCUCCAGAAUUAGCCAAGGCAGAGACUUUGCCAUCCUAAAAGACUGGAAUUUCAAAGGCGUGGCCGAAAUGUCUGGUGUUACGGAGAUUUCCUGCAUAAUAUACUGUGUAUGUGGCGGGAAAGGGUUUUAAUUAAAUCUGGAACCAAGAAAUACA